GUGGAGGCGGGGCGACACAUAGACUGGCUGCUCCGAGGUCGCACUUGCGAAUAUCGCCCUGGGAGGCGCGCCUUGUGGAGUCGGGCGUAGGCGGCACCCGCUAGGGUCUCCGGUGACCCCGACCGCGGUGGCGGCCCCGCGGGCGGGAUGUUCCGGGGUUUGACCAGUUGGUUUGGCUUGGAGCAGCCGGCGGCGGGUGGCCUGCAGUACCAGGGAGAUGGACAGCCCAAGGGAGACGCUCCACCCGAGCAGCGCUCCGAGGCGGUGGCGGACUCCGCGGAGGGAGAGCUACAACAAGCCGGGGACCAGGAGCUCCUUCACCAGGCCAAAGGCCUCGGCAACUAUCUAUUUAACUUUGCAACUGCUGCUACAAAAAAGAUAACCGAAUCAGUUACUGAAACAGCACAAACAAUAAAGAAAUCAGUAGAAGAAGGAAAGAUAGAUGACAUCAUUGAUAAGACAAUUAUAGGAGAUUUUCAGAAGGAACAGAAAAAAUUUGUUGAGGAGCAGCAUACCAAAAAAUCAGAAGUAGCAGUACCACCAUGGGUUGAUAGUAAUGAUGAAGAAACAAUUCAACAACAGAUCUUGGCCUUAUCAGCUGACAAGAGGAACUUCCUUCGUGACCCUCCAGCCGGUGUGCAGUUUAACUUUGACUUUGAUCAGAUGUACCCUGUCGCCCUGGUCAUGCUCCAAGAGGACGAGCUCCUGAGCAGGAUGAGAUUUGCCCUUGUUCCUAAACUUGUGAAGGAAGAAGUGUUUUGGAGGAACUACUUUUACCGCGUCUCCCUGAUUAAGCAGUCAGCCCAGCUCACGGCUCUGGCGGCCCAGCAGCAGGCUACCGGGAAGGAGGAGAAGAGCCACGGCAGAGAGGAUGAGUUGCCACUGACAGAGGCAGUACGGCCCAAAACGCCACCUGUUGUAAUCAAACCUCAACUUAAAACUCAAGAGGAUGAAGAGGAGAUUUCUACCAGCCCGGGUGUUUCUGAGUUUGUCAGUGACGCCUUUGAUUCCUGUAACUUCGAUCAGGAGGAUCUGAGGAAGGAAAUGGAGCAGCUGGUGCUGGACAAAAAAGAGGAGGAGACAGUCGCACUGGAAGAGGAUUCUGCAGAUUGGGAGAAGGAACUACAACAGGAACUUCAAGAAUACGAAGUGGUGACAGAAUCAGAGAAACGAGAUGAAAACUGGGAUAAGGAGAUAGAGAAAAUGCUGCAGGAAGAAAAUUAGCUGAAAUAAAAGAAUAAUCCUUAACGUUCUGCAACUGACAUUAAAUUCUAGAUGCUGGCACUCGCUGAAUCAGAAGGCACAAAAGAGUAUGACUUUAUGAAAUUCAAAAUUAUCCUUUUUUCAAGCUGAAACUUGCCUCUUCUACUUAAGAAAAAGUACAUAGGACAGUUAUUCUAAUAAUCAAAAAGGGAUGUUUUAUGUAACAUUUCUUUACAUCUAGUUAGAGAUGUUCUUGUAGUCAGUACAGAUAUCUUUGUCACAGAAACACAAGUAAAAUUUUACAGUUCUGUUUUCCGUGAGGUCAAAAAUACAAUAUAUUCUUCAAUUGUGGUUUUCUAAACAUUUGUACUUCUUGUUGCAUUUUUGUUGAUACAUAUGUGUUAAGGUACCUACUUAAUGGAUUGAUAACUAUCAAAAUGACCAAAUGGUACCAAAGAACUUAAGAGGAAGCACUUUCAGAACUAUUUUCUUGCAAGUAUUUUCUAAAAUUCCAUCUGGAAGCCAAAAGAUAAAAUAAUUAUGUUGAUUAUAAUGAUAUAAACAUCACUCAGUUUGACAUUGAGAAAUACUGUUUCUCAAAAAAUAUAUAUUUGUUUUUCUUUGGGGCCUUUUUCUUUUUUAAACUAUGCCACAUUUAAUAAUGUUUUCCUGAAUUUCACAUCGUGGUUUUUGUAGAGAGCAGGGUCUUUCAUCCUUUUAGUGUUGAUGAUUGUCAGAAGGCUGUUCACCUUAAAGUCUCAUGUUGUUUAAAUCGUCACCACAUAUGAAUGUUUUCGCUUUUUUUAUCUUAAUUAAACUGUCAGUCUUUAUAAAAUUGUGUUCUCUGAAUACAACUUUUGGAACUUCAUUGAUCAAUCCUGCCUGCAUUCUGCUGUAGCAGCACGACCGUUCAUAGAACGUGGUUACUUGAAAAGGACAGAUGGCUGAACAUCAGAACACGGCGUGUGCUUCCCGAACCUUUCGGAUUUUUCAAAGAGCCUUUAUUUCAUAAAGGGGAGUAGAAUUAAGACAGUUCUUAUAGGGAACAUGUACUUAUUUAUAUUCUUGAUCCCAUAAAAAUUAGUCUAUGGUCCUCUGGCAAAGAUAUAGUCAACAAGAGAAUUGGGUGCUUAGGUUUGUAGUUUGGGAUAUGCUCCUGUGAAGAAGCCAGGCUUCCUCAGCUAGGAUCACUUGUGUUGUAUUCAAUGAAACCACUGACCCUAUUAUCAAGAGAUUUCCACCUGUGGUGCUGCAGUUGCUGAUUACUGAGUUAGAGCUCAGAGGUGGUGUCUGGCAACUUCUGAAAGAAUCCUAUUGAAGGGAAAAGUUUGAUAGAGUUUGCUGGAGGGAAAGAAAUAUGUUAAAUGUUUUUAAGUAGUUAAAAAUCCUAGAUGUAAGCAGAUCAGAAUAUGACAGUACUUGGCUCUUAGUAUAUGUACUAAAAUUCUUAACGAUAAGUGUUGAAUAAAUAUAAAAAAAGGAAAGGUUUCAGAGAAUGUUAAAAAAUAAAAUAAAAACCUAAAAUGAAAAUAGAAAUAUGGUAAGUUGUUGCUAUCAGUUUUACAUGAUACUCAUUGCCUAAUUGUGUAUUGCCCUGUGAAAAUAAAAGGAUAAAGUAAGAUUUUAUACACAGCAUAAAAAUACAUUUAGGCUAUAGUUUUAUGGAUCCAUCAGUGGUGAAAUGUUCUGCUUUUGUAAAUUUUACAGGUAACUGAAGUGUUAUUCUUUUUUUUUUCUUUUCUUUUUUUGGCCAUGCCUUGGGGCUUGCAGAAUCUCAGUUCCCUGACCAGCGACUGAACCCAGGGCCACAGCAGUGAAAGCCUGGAAUACUAACCACUAGGCCAUCAGGGAACUCCGUGAAGUGUUAUUCUUUUAAAGGGCAAAAUAAUUUAUAACCUUGUUUGGUGGGAAAUUUCUCAGUAUUUAUUACUUGCUUAGGGGUCAUCCAACAAGAUAUACUGUGCAUAAAAACACAAGCUUCAUGAAACGUUAAAAUACGAAGAUAGUCCAUCACACUGGAAAUUAUACCUCACUACUCAGAGUGUAGCUCGGGAACCCUCAUCCUCUGCCUGCCCUGGGAGCUUCAUAAAGGGGAAAAGAAUUAAGGGCGUAGACAUGCAGGGUCUCAGGCCCCGCCCCAGACCUGCUGGCCCAGACUCUGUGCGGUGCCAAGAUUCCCUGGGGUUAGAAUGGACUCCACGGCUUGAGAGGCGGUGCACCAAUGCACUAAUGCACUCAGGAGAGCAGAAUUUUCUGGGGCUUUUUACUUUUUACUCUUCCACUAGCGUCCUCAGGUGACACUGCCUUCCUAGUUGGCGUUACAGGUGCCUCUGCUGUUCCAGUUGUCACCUCCUGCCCACUCCCCUUUCCACAGGGCCAAAUUAAGAGGAACCAAGUUCCCAGGGGGACAAUGAAUAAGCCUGCUAAAUCAGAUAUUUCUAAUAGCACAUUUCAAAGUGUGUGCUCUACCAAGCGCAGAGGCGCCGCUUUCUGAGAACUGGGUUACAUGUUCACAAGCCUGCAGCACCUCAGGGCUGAUGUGCCUGCCCCGAAGGCUGUAAAAGGAUGGAUGGAUGGUGUGUUUAUGCACAUGAAAUCAAAUAACAAAAACCGUUUAAAAGGUUAAUAGAGCAUCGAACCAAACUAAGUCUUUAAAGCAUAUUUUAGGUGCAUUGAGUCAAUAUUAUACAAGAAAUAACAAUAUCCAUUUAUUUGCGAUUACAGCAGUUGAUAGCAAGUAAGUAAAAUCCUCAGCUGAGGGCUUCCC